CGAGCCUAUAUGCCCAUCAUCUACAUGCGGAGUUGGAGGAUGGGUGAAUACGUCAGAUUCCAACACGCACGCCUGGCGGCUUCACAGGAACUUUCGGGUUCUGUCCAGUUCAUUGAUUUGGAGGCUGAUCAGGACGUGAAUGAUACUUUUGAUAAGGUUCAUGAUGAUACAUCAUACUCUGAAAUCUCAAGUGACCACGCCAAGUCAUCAGCGGAGGUCAACAUCAUCAAAGAUCUGACGAUCAAACUGCUGACUUCUCCGGAAAACCUCGACUUCGCCCUGCAGCACCAAGCAGACAAAGUGCUGGACCUGCAAGAGAAGGUCUCCCAGAUGCUAUCACUAAACACCUUCUGUGCAAAUACCAUGUUACAACACGCGGACGAACAUUUUCCCUAUAAUAUCUUUCAGACACCUACAUCAGAUCUCCACGAAAAAGCAACGGAUAAUGAAACUAUGACACAUUAUCCAGACCAUAUGAUCAACUCAAAUAAUUCUUUCGCGUAUCACCCCAGGAGCAAAAGACCUAAGUCGUCAUCUUAUCGUCCAAAGAAUCGUCCCAGACCGAGAUAUGUCCAGCUUCCUCCUACUUUUAAAUAUCCAGAACCAAUCGACAUAAGGCCCGCCAGAGGGUUCAGCUCUCACAGUGACAGAACGGAAGUGGACUCCCCACACAACUCCCCCCUUGUCCGACCCCCACAAGAUGCUCCGGUACCCAGUCUCAACACGUGUAUCAGCACUCCGCUCCAUGGGCCAGACAAUUCCGUUAUCGGGCUCCUUGAUCCUCGUUCCAAAUCCGUUAUCACCCAACCUGAUUCUGGCUAUAAGCCAAUUAUCUCUCAGCCUGAUUCUGGCUACAAGCCAGUUAUCUCUCAGCCUGAUUCUGGCUACGAGCCAGUUAAGGUGGCUUUACCGGAAACAGCUCGGCCGCACUCCGACAGUGCUCAGAUGCUGCACACCAACAAUUCUCAAGAUUUACAAGAACUUUCAAAAAAUCUGUCGUUUAGGGAGGAAGAUAAUCAUAACCAUUACACUGACCACUUCCCGUUUGACACCAGGGAAGGAAUAUUUCGAUCAGAUAAAAACACUCCUAGUCUCAACCCGUCUCAAAAACUUUGCCUUAAUUUGCCGCCAUCGGGUAAUGAGCCCCAUCUUAUGGCGGUGUCCUCCGCAGCUAAAUCUAUGUUUGAAAUAGUUGUGGGUGAUAUGAAGGAAUUGGACACUCAAAUAAACGACCGUGUGUGUUGGGAAAACAGAGGCAUUAAUCUCGCCAAAUUACCAGAUCAUAUCGGACCGAGGACACCCCACAAGCGAGUCUGUCCAAAACACGCGGGACACGGCAACAACCACAGGUUCCAGUGCGUUUGUCCAGGAACCAGACUAUCCCAGCCGUGGGGACGUCUCAAAGGAACACCAGUAGGGGACAGGUUUCAGACACCCUUCAUGCACUGGAAAAACGCGAUAGAGCUGAGCAGAGCUAGGAGAUGUCGGACUAAAAUAGAACCAGACAUGCUGGAUCUUUUAGAGAUGAAGUACAACGAAAGUCACUUCGUGAGUCCAUACGAGAGAAAGUCUCUGGCAGAACGACUGGGGAUAACCGAGAGGGCAGUUAUUUACUGGUUCCAGAACAGGCGAGAAAAGACAUUAAGAAUCUGAACAAUAUGGGACAACAUAAUUCCCAUGAGUAGGGUAUUUAGGAUUAGGACCACAAGAGGAAUAUUUAGUGUUCUAGAGAUGAUUUAUUGGGUUUUUUUGGUGAUAUUCUUGGAGAUUCGUUUAGAAUCUUAUCAUCAGUUUAAUACUGCAAUUACUGAAAUUACUGCGACUGACUCGUUAGUAAAUUUUAUUUUGGCAAUUUUUGUUAUGCCUUUGUUAGUUUGUUUACCUUAAUCAGUAAUGUUAGUUUGAGGUUUAAUUGAGGUUUUUAAUUUUUUGUCCAAUUUUGAAUGUUUCGUUAGUUGUAGCCAUGAACAUUAAAAAUCAUGGCUCAAAUCUUUCUUACUUGAUACAAACGAUCGCUUGAAACUUUGCGGUCGUCGUUGUUUAACAAAACUCCAGUUAAAACUUUUUCCUAGCGCUA